UUUAUCAAUACCUGUUUGCAGUCGCUUGUGAUAGAGAAAUUUGGAGAAGCAACGUGGGAAAAAUUGAAAGCUUCUGCGGAAAUACAAGAUGCUUUCAUGACAUACACAGUGUAUGAUGAUGUCAUCACCAUCAACCUCAUCCAAGAGGCCUGCAAGGUUCUGGGUGUCUCCACGGAAGCCAUCCUGAAACUCUUUGGAGAAUACUUCUUUAAAUUCUGUAAGAUGUCUGGGUAUGACAGGAUGUUACGGACGCUGGGAGGCAAUCUCACCGAGUUUAUUGAAAAUCUCGACGCCCUGCACAGCUACCUCGCGCUCUCUUACCAGGAGAUGAAUGCACCGUCGUUUCGUGUGGAGAAAGGAAUAGAUGGGAAAAUGCUUCUCCAUUAUUACUCAGAUAGACAUGGUCUAUGUUACAUUGUACCAGGGAUCAUUGAGGCUGUGGCCAAGGAUUUCUUUGAUGUUGACGUGACCCUGGAUAUCCUUGACGUGAAUGAAGAAGAGGAGAGAACAGGGAAGAAGGAGCAUGUCGUGUUUCUUGUUGUGCAGAAGGUUUGCAAACAGACGAGAAGGACCAGGCCAAAGAGGUUACAAGAAGGCCAGGACAUCCCGAGAGACCAAGAGGCACUCGAGGCAGCUUUUCUUAGGAUGAAGGAGAAAUACUUGAGGAUGUCUGUUUGUCCUGGGAAGAAAUCCCACUGGGAUGCUGUAAGGAGUGUAGUCAUGUUUGGAAAAGGGCACCUCACCAACACCUUUGAGCCGAUUUAUCCCGAGAGACUCUGGAUUGAAGAGAAAACGUUCUGCAACGCAUUUCCCUUCCACAUUGUUUUUGAUGAAUCACUUAGGGUCAAGCAAGCCGGAGUGAAUAUUCAGAAGUAUGUCCCAGGGCUCCAAACCCGGAAGAUUCGAGUAGAUGAGUAUUUCUGCAUCAUCCAUCCCCAAGUCCCCUUCAACAUCUUCAGCAUUUGCAAAUUUAUCAACAGUCAAUUUGUCCUGAAAACACGAAGAGAAGUGAUGCCUGAAGCAUGGAAAAAUCAGCCCACACUCAAGCUCCGAGGUCAGAUGAUCUGGAUGGAGUCUAUGCGGUGCAUGAUCUAUGUGUGCUCCCCGAAGCUCCGCAGCCUGAGAGAGCUGGAGGAGCGCAGGAUGCAUCUCUCCGACAUCGCCCCCCACGACACCACCAGGGAUCUCAUCCUCCUGAACCAGCAGCGGCUGGCGGAGAUCGAGCUGUCCAACCAGCUGGAGAGGAAGAAGGAGGAGCUGCGGGUCCUCUCCAAGCACUUGGCCCUGGAGAAGAAGAAAACCGAGACCUUGCUCUAUGCCAUGCUGCCGGAACACGUAGCCAACCAGCUGAAGGAGGGAAGGAAGGUGGCUGCAGGAGAAUUUAAAACCUGCACAAUCCUUUUCAGUGAUGUGGUGACAUUCACUAACAUCUGUGCUGCCUGUGAACCUAUCCAAAUAGUGACUAUGCUGAAUUCCAUGUACUCCAGGUUUGACAGGUUAACCAGUGUCCACGAUGUCUACAAAGUGGAAACAAUAGGAGAUGCUUAUAUGGUGGUAGGGGGUGUACCAGUGCCGAUGGAAAGCCAUGCUCAGAGGGUGGCUAAUUUUGCCUUGGGGAUGAGAAUUUCUGCAAGAGAGGUGAUGAAUCCUGUGACUGGAGAACCCAUCCAGAUCCGAGUGGGGAUCCACACCGGCCCAGUCUUGGCAGGUGUUGUGGGGGACAAGAUGCCACGGUACUGCUUGUUUGGUGACACUGUGAACACCGCCUCAAGGAUGGAAAGCCAUGGUCUUCCCAACAAAGUGCACCUCAGCCCCACGACCUGCAGAGCCCUGGAAAAUCAAGGGUUUGAAAUAAUCGAAAGGGGUGAAAUCGAAGUGAAAGGUAAAGGGAAAAUGACCACAUACUUUCUGAUCCAGAACUUGAAUGCCACUGAGGAUGAGAUCAUGGGGAGACCGAAAAACCCUCCAGAUCACAAGGCUUGUGAUGAAUUGAUCCCUGAAGAGGGUCCAGGGGCCAGAGAAGACUCGGUGGAGGCUGCUGAUGAACCACCAUCUUCAGACGAGACGAACACACUUCGCUGCCACAGUGAUGUUGCUCCAUCUGGUUUCUGUGUUUUGUUGUAA